UGAAUAUUAAAUAAUAACAAUAAUAGGCUUAAUUGCUCGAUUUGAUUCCUAAAAACUGUAUUUACUGAUCAACUGGGUUUGCUAAGGGGGAGGGCGGAGUAUGACUUCACACGUUCAGCUUGCGAUGCUGUUGUCACUCAUUGCGGUGGCGCGAUGUCUCAUGUCUCCUUUUAGUUUAUUUACUGAGCAUACUCGCAGAAAUGGAUGCAAAUCCGGCCUUUUGCUUGUCUCUUCUGUACCGAAAUGAUCCUAUUUACUCACUGUGUGCCCCUGAUUUGAUGACUGCCUCUCAGACAGUCAACAAUAAAUUUGUGAAAGAGCAGAGACGACUCAUGAAGACCCUGAGGCAGCUGGAACAUGAACGCAUCACCCAGAAGCGCCGGCUGGAGGAGGAGCAGAAACAGUUUGCGUUUGUCAUGAGCAAGCGGCUGCGCCCACGGAACAUCCACGCGCUGGCCAGUAGAGUCUCAUCGGGCAGCGCCUCGUCCGUCCGGCCAGCCAGAUGUAUCCGCUCGGCCCCGCCAGCGUUGUCCACACAGAGGCAAGGGGCCAGUGGAGGAAACAGCGAGCCAAGACGCACCACCACCUGUGGGCAGUGUGAGAUGAUGACCCACUUAUGCCACUUGACCAGAUCUCUCCACAUGUACUCAGAAGACCGAGCCAAACCAGCGGUAAACAAUGUUUUGAGAGGAGGUGUUGGCAGCUCAGACGGAAGAAACCGGAAGCAUGAGAGCCAACAUCCACGAGGACGAAAUGCCAGGAGCUGUCCCCCAUCGCUACAAAGGAGGAGGGCAGAGCACACAGAACCAGUCUGCUUGCACAUACACCACCAACAGACUAAAUAGUGGGACUUUUUCUUAUGUGAUUAUAAGUCACUCUAGAGAAUUGUUGGACAUUGUAUUCUCAUGGGAUUAGUUCAAAUAGACCAAAACCUACAUCUGAAAUGUUCAGUGGUAGAGGGAAAUACCAAGGAUUUCAGGCAUAGCUUAGUUUAACUAGUUUAACUCAUCAGAAAAAUGUCCAAAAGACACUAUGUGAUCUACUCUAUUCGAUCUCAAUUCAGCGUUUGUAUUGAGUAUUGGACUACUCCAUGACUUACUGUACAUUAUUUGAAAUGUCACAAUAGCAACUAGUAAACAAAAAAAUAUAAUGAAGGCAAAGAUUAACAUAGAAAUAAAUAUCUAACACAGAUGGUCAUCUUCCUCUACAAGACAACAAUGUAUUCAUUUCAUGUGAAUUCACAUUGUUUUAAUCAUACACUUAUAUAAAUGAAAAUGUCUCUUUAUUCAUAAUUCUUUGGAGCCAAAGAGCUACUCACUGCCUAUUAAAUCAAAAUAUUUUGUUUCAUA